CUUGGAGCUACUCUCCCUCUUGGAUCUGCCAUCCCCAUCCCGUCCUCAGACUUCAUUUUCGCUUUUCUUUCCCUUUACCACGGCCUCCCCACCAUCCUCGGUGACGUGCCUGCCCCCCGAUUGUUACUCAAUUCAACCGAAUCUGCUCUGUGCAGCAUUCUGAAUUUCCCUCUCGAUUACCCACCAUGGUUUCCAUCACAGAGUCUUCCCCCCUCCUCCCCCAACAUCAGCCGCCUUCCUCCACCAAUACGUCACCACGAGGAAACCGAGCCUCUCGAACGGUGACAUUCAACCCAUUGGCCACUGUCAGCACAUAUCACGAUACUACCGCCUCAGAUCCGAGCUUCAGACCGCUUCAUUCUGGUUCUUACCCUGCAUCCAAUUCCCAGAGCGCUGGCCCACCGCGACCGACCGGCUUGUCCGCCUUAAAUAGCAAGCUCCGCCGCCGCAAUAGCCAUGGAGCACCUUACAGCACCGCCGGUGCCCCGUUCGCGACAGCCCCCAAGGUCGGACCGCAGCGAACGACAAAGAACGCACAGAAGCUUAAAUUACUGCCCGAUCCCGUGACCGAAGAAGAACUCGCCGACGGCGACUUUCCAUCCGAUGUCUACUCGCAGAUCGCCCGCAUCAAAGAACCGACCGCCCGUAGUCACGCUGCAAGUCUGGGAAAGGCGGAUCGAGAGCGACUGCCCCGCGUCACAGCCUACUGCACGGCCAAUUCGUAUCGUCUGGAGGGGGUGGUGCGGUUUCUCAAGUCCCGCGCAAAGACCCGCGGAGCCAACCCGAAGCUCUACGAUGAGUGCGUGUACUCGCCAUAUGACUACGACUAUGAAGCAAAGCAGCGAGGCACAUGGAAUCUUCCCAGCAACGGGUUGCAUUCGCCGCAAUCCCAACCCCCGAUACGUCCUGCUGGAGAACGCCGGUACUCGGAUAGUGUUGUGGAAGUGCAAGACAACACCAACACCCGACGGGAAGAUCUCAUCGACCUGAGAGAUUCGGAAUCGCACCAACAACAAGAUGACCAUGAAAGCGCCGUGGUCGAUUCCACCACAUCGGCAUCCCAAAUCGAAGCUGCCCCUGACUUCGACACCAAAGUCCACACCCCGGAGGUGUUCCUCUUCGACUACGGCACCGUGGUAAUUUGGGGCAUGUCGCCCGCGCACGAGUCACGAUUUUUAUCCGAUAUCUCCAAAUUCGCAACCUCCAUUCUGAGUCCCGAAGACACGCAGGUCGAGAACUUCAACUUCUAUUAUGCGCGCGAAUACCAAGCCCGGAUCUACAAUGAUUUCAUCUCCCUCCGUGACCCGCGGAAUUACAUGAUCAAGCUCGCCAUCUCCCAUGCUCUCGCUCAGUCCGUCAAGACAUCCCUGUUCGAAGAUCUCGUCUCCGAGACGAUCUCCAACACCGCACCACUCCCGGCCCAGAUCGCCCAGACCGGCAGCGUGAAUCUCACUCGGCGCCAGAUCAACAUGCAGGUCGGAGAGCUCUUCAUCCUGCGAAUCAACAUCCACCUUCAAGGCUCCGUCCUCGACAGUCCGGAACUGAUGUGGGCAGAGCCCCAACUGGAGCCUGUGUACCAGGCCGUGCGGAGUUACCUUGAGAUGGACCAGCGAGUGAGUCUCUUGACGGAGCGGUUAGACGUCAUUGCGGAUCUGCUUGCCGUUCUAAAGGAUCAAUUAACUCACCGCCAUGGUGAGUAUCUCGAAUGGAUCGUUAUCGUUCUCAUCGCCGCCGAAAUCCUCGUCGCGGCCAUUAAUAUUCUAGUCGACCUCUACGCCGGCGUGGAAUAAAGCGUGUCUUCUGUUUUUUUAAUCUUCCUCCGGCGUCAGGAACAGGGCUUCCUUUUUCUUCUGAGAGAUCUUCAUUGUUUCAAUAACCAAGAUUUUCCUGAUUGCUUAUUGCUUCGCUCUCAUCUCAUUGGAAUCCCAAGGGACUUCAUGAUCUGCAUUUUUUUACUGUUCCAGGCGGACUUUUUCUUUGUGGGUGUGUCUUGCUUCAGGCGCUACAGGGGUUUCGCGAAGAGGGGGGAUACGAUGGGGGGGACAUGUGUUGUAAUCUUGAUUUCUUUGAGGUUGUUCGACCUUACAACGGGGAGGGGAGUCAGUCAAAGUUUCUUGCAUCAGAUCGGAAAUUAUGUUUUCCAUGCAUAGCCCGGGGCCUUAACUAGCGUUCCUUGCUUUAGUUGUGUUCUGUGUCUAUUGUGUGCGUUGCGAAAAUCAAAGUGAAUUGAUUGAC